AUGGCCCUCAAUAUCCCCGAGCCCUUUGCCAGCAUCCCCUACGAAUCCCUCCUCUUCGGCCCUUCGCCCAUCCAGCAUCUCCCCCGUAUAUCCGCUGCCCUCGGCGGCAAAGUCACCGUCUACGCCAAACGCGAUGACUGCAACUCGGGCUUUGCCUACGGAGGCAACAAAGUCCGCAAGCUAGAAUACCUCGCUGCUGAAGCCCUCGCCCAAGGCUGCGAUACCCUCGUCUCUAUCGGCGGCGUCCAGUCAAACCAUACCCGUGCCGUCACCGCCGUCGCCGCCAAGCUGGGCCUCAAGGCCGCCACCGUCCAGGAGCACUGGGUCGACUGGGAAGACGCGCACUACGAGAAAGUCGGCAACAUCCAGCUGUCGCGUCUCAUGGGCGGCGAUGUACGUCUGGACCCGUCGCCCUUUGGCAUUGAGCAUAAACCCACGCUGGCCAACCUGAAGGCCGAGCUGGAGGGCAGUGGGAGGAAGCCGUAUUACAUCCCCGCGGGGGCGUCGGAUCAUCCACUGGGCGGGCUGGGAUUUGCGCGGUGGGCGCUGGAGGUGGAGGCGCAGGAGAAGCAGAUGGGCGUGUUUUUCGAUACGGUGGUUGUUUGUGCGGUGACGGGGUCGACGAUGGCGGGCAUUGUGGCGGGAUUCAAGCUGGCGCAGGUGAAGCUGGGAUCACCGAAGCGUAAGAUUAUCGGGAUUGAUGCUUCGGGGAAGCCAAAGGAGACGUUUGACCAGGUGCUGCGCAUUGCAAAGUUCACUGCUGCCAAGAUUGGGUUAUCGGAGGCGGAUAUCACGGAGGCGGAUAUCGUGCUGGACGAGAGGUUCAAUGCCAAGGUGUAUGGUAUUCCGGAUGAGACGACGAUUGAGGCUAUGAAGUUUGGUGCGCGCACGGAGGCUUUCAUCACGGAUCCGGUGUAUGAGGGGAAGAGUCUGGCGGGCUUAAUGGGGCUGAUUAGGAAUGGGGAGAUUGCGGGUGGGAAUGUGUUGUAUGCGCAUCUGGGGGGACAGAUGGCGUUGAAUGCGUAUUCCUCUCUUUUAGACUGA